AUGUCUGAAGUUUUGACAGUAGAUGCCAUUUUCUUCGGCCUGCUGGUCUUCUCGGGAAUUAUCGGCAAUAUUCUCGUCAUCUAUGUGGUGUUGCAGUGUGCUAAAGAAAGCGGCUCUCGUCAUUUGCCUCCAUCUGACACCAUUCUGGUCAAUCUCUGCAUGGCAAACUUGCUGUCGUCCAUCUUUCGAACAGUUCCCAUAUUUGUGUCUGAUUUUGGUCUGGCAGUGUCGCUGUCGCCCGGCUGGUGUCGCGUCUUCAUGCUCCUGUGGGUGUGGUGGCGAUCGGUGAGCUGCUGGGUCACUCUCGCCCUCAGCGCGUUCCAUUGCGCCACACUGCGGCGCCAGCACGUCACCAUGGGUUCGCUAGGCCACCAGAGGGAGCGCAGACGGGUGUGGGUCAUUCUGGGCGUGGUUUGGGGCGUCAACUUGUUAUUUUCAAUCCCCGCGCUCGUCUACACGACCCACGUGCGAGGAAACUUCACGGUGGAGUUUAUGGUGAUCAGUUGCACGACACGUCCGCUGCUGGGUUGUGUUUGGGAGUUUCCCACCAAGCAGCAAGGCUACGCGUUUGCCUCCACGUCUCUGGCACUGAAUGAGAUCAUGCCGCUGAUUUUAAUGGUGGGCACCAAUUUUGCGACCCUACACGCAUUGGCCAAGCACAUCAGGGCGGUGGCAUCGGGUGUAGUCACUGGUGGGGACGUGGACAAACAGACGUCUAGUGAGAGGAAGGCGGGUCACGUGAUCAUGGCUCUGGUCGCGCUGUUUGUGGGCUGUUGGGUGCUGCAAGUGGCCGCGGUUACGUAUUAUAACCACAACGGCGGCCGGCACGCAGAAGGACUCCUGACCGUCGCUCAUUUUUCGGCUUCGCUCUUUGUGGGGUUCAGCCCACUGGUUGUGGCUCUCGGACACGGAAAACUGCGGAAAAGAAUUAAUGUCAUGCUGCAGCAUUGGGUACCAUGGAUCAAAAACUCGGAGCAGAAACACCCGGAAACAAGCAAACAUACAGCAGCAACACCAAAAGACAUCACAUCGGGUAAAGCAGAACACAUAAGGAAAAAGUGA